AUGCCUGGCUCUCGCUUCUCUGAUAUGGCUGACCAGGACAACGGUCUUUAUGGUCUGCAGGAUCCCAACCUGGGCUUUGUUGACGAUGGCUCCGGUGUAAAAUCCGACCCCUCCUCAGCCUCCCUGCCCAACGAUUCUUCUUCCCGUCCCCAGACCCAGCAGCAAUACUACGACGCUGCAUGGCAGUUCACCGGUACACCCCCUUACGACUCGUACGAUCCUUCCAGCAGUGCUCCUCCCGCCCAAACCAACUACCAACCCUCUUGGUUCAAUCUUGGUCAGGAUCAGCAGAACCCUCAACAGCUGCCUGUCUCUACCGGAGUCGACGGCCUUUCGGCAACCACCUUCAGCCCCGAGUCCCUCUACGCCGCUUCUGGACCGUCGCUGGCACAAGGCAACUUCCCAGACAACCUCGCUCUUCAGCAGCCCCCAAUUAUUAGCCAUCUUACUCCUGCGCUGCAGGAGAAGCUACGCAACAUCGCCAUGCCGCCUCAUCUCCAAUAUCACUCUCCCAAGAGCGCCUCCAGUCCUGACUCAGCAAACGGCGAGCACACCAGAAGAGGUCUCCUCUCGUCGCCAGACCCUGCUGAUGGAUCCUCGAAAGCGUCCCGAAAGCGCAAGUCUUCCGCCGACCCUGAAGAUGACGACGAUGAAGAUGAUGGUGAUCAACCAGUGAAGAAAACCGCUCACAACAUGAUCGAGAAGCGAUACCGAACCAACCUGAACGACAAGAUAGCAGCUUUAAGGGACAGCGUUCCUAGUCUUCGUAUCAUGACCAAGAGCGCCCGGGGCGAGGACACCACCGAGGACCGCGAGGAGCUUCAUGGUUUGACUCCAGCCCAUAAACUGAACAAGGCUACCAAACGAAACAAUCGAUUACUUGAUGAAAACGGCGCCAUGCAAGCCCGGAUUGCUGCCUUUGAGAAGUUGUUCAUGGCUGGUGCUAUGAACGGGACAAUUAGCCCUCUCCAGCAACCGCCCACGCCCAUUCAGUAUGCUCAAGACGCUCAACAAUUCGGUAACUCGCCUAUGCAAGGACCACAAGACGGUAACGCGCAGCCCGGUGGUAUGAUCCAGGUUCCCGAGGACAUGAAGAGAAUACUUUCAGCACAGAUGGCCGCAGGUCAACCAUAUCCCGUCCCUCAACAACAAUUUAGAGGUGGCAACCCUGCACUCAUUCGACAGCAACAGAUUCAACAGCAGCAACAAAUACAGCAAAAUAGGUGGAACAACGCCGGUCCUUACUUUGGUAAACUGAUGGUCGGAUCAUUGGCUGGUCUCAUGAUCUUGGAGGCAGUUCGCGAGGAUGAGACCACCAACGAAAAGCCCGAAGGCCGUGGUCUGCUGCACCAUCACUCGCGUCACCGAUCCAUGUUCGCCGACAGGCCUGGCUCACUGCUAUCCAAACGGUGUGGGUUCCUCGCCACAACUUCUUCCCUCGAGGCCGCAGCUCUUGUUCUGAAGACUCUCAAACUCAGCCUUCGCAAUGCCAUUGGGAUCCACGGUUAUCAAGCCCUCACUGGGCUGACACAGGAGCAGGAAACUGCCCGAGUACAAGCCUGGAGUAUUGCCAUCGACUCGCAGUUGGCUGGUGGUGAUGUCGAGAUCAACAAGAGUCGCCUUGUUCUUACUUUCCUUGCUUCUGGUACCCUCCCCGACACACCCGCGAGGCUCAUGCUCAAGGCCCUCCACAUUCGUGUCCUUCUCUGGGGUCUCAGCCAAAACCGUCUCCACCUUGGAGCAAGCAAUAUUAUCGCUUCCAAGCUCGCCCGGGCGAAGUGGAACGAGGCCCGUCAAUCGAACCGUCUUCUCACUCAACUCCACCGCGAAUCCGCCGAGCAGCACGACGACGACCUUCCCCAGCACCUUGCCUUGCUGGUCGAGCAAGAUUGCGACGAAGUGCUCAAUGACGAUGUUAUCCAGCGCGCACACAACCUUGCCUUCAAUGCGGAAACUGACCACAACGUUGCAGCCCCUAUGGAUGGUAUGGACGCAGUCGUCGAUGACACCGCUGUUGGAUCCCCUCUCGAUGCUGUCGCGGCCUGGUGGUCAACUCAAAUCCUGCACCGGACCUUGGUCGCCACGAUGGAAAAAGAUGAAGAGACUCUCAGCACCAUGGCUGAAGACAUUGAACUCUCCAUCAAGAUCGCACCCCUCGGAUCUACCGCUCAGGCCCGUGCCAUCGUGGCACGCGCUGUCCUGGUUGACAAGGCCCGUGGCGCUAAUAUCGCCUCGGCCUUGCAGUCCAUGGGCAACGAAAAAGUCGACGCCCUUUUGAGCAAUUCCAUCUGCGUUGUUGAUUCCAGCUUCCAAACCUCUGCCUCCGAUUUCCGACUCGCCCUCCGCUGUGCCAUGGCCAUCGCCCACCUCCGACGUGUCGAAUGCACCCCCGGAAGUACCCACCAGGGCCUACGAAUGAUCGAUUCAAUCAUGACACGCAGCAAUGCCUCCCAAAUGUCUCUUCUCGGAUGCACCGCGGCUCUCCAGCUUAUGGAAGAGCUCGACAAGCAAAAGGUUGCCGCCGAGACUUUCAACUCCUCUCUUGAGCGCCUGUCUGGAGGUCUUCGUUUAUGGAUGGGUGGUGCCCCUGGAGAAAAGUGUGGCGUUUCCUCGGAUGUGCGAGAAAAGGUUGUAAACCGGUGUCUGAUCAUCACCAAGAGCAUGGUGGGAAUGGAUUCAGAUACCGGAUACGGCAGUCUUGACGAAUGCGAGGACGACGGAUGCGAGGAUGACGGAUGUUAGACGACAAGAAGCGAGUUCUUUCUUAUUAUCUCUUUUGUGAGCGACAUAAACCUAGCGGUCAUUUUUCAUUGACUUAUUUGCAUCAUCUCAUUGCAGGUCGGAUCCACAGUCCUGACCUCGGCGAGAUGAGUUUUUUAUGAACAUGGGUAUUUGGGUUUUCUU